CAGCCACGUUUGCGCCCAAGUGUAGAUGGUACCAGCUGUGUGCACGAUGCUCACAUGCAGACCUCCAAAAGGGGCGCGAGGGUGAUGGAUGAUAUGUACUUGCCCCGCCAGCCAGCCAGCACUUUUACAGCGCGCCAGCUGAUUCUGCCCGUCUUGUCUACUGUUAGCCCCGAUGCGACGCCGUCACAAAUCCUUCUCCUCGUCUUGACCCCCAGAACGGCUCCAAUCUCCGUGCGUGCUGUAGGUGAGAGCAGAUCUGGCGCGCAGCAAGCGCUAGAACAGGUCCCUCAAGGCAUCUUGAGCUGGCCGGGGGCUUGGCGUUUGCUGCGGAUGCGCGCAGCUCACGAGCCCCGGGCUGCUGGAGUAGCGUCCUUUUUUUUCUUCUCUUUACCUCUGCAGCGUCGUUUGUAGCAACUACGCCCCAGUCGUGGAUGGCGGGCGUCCUGCUGUCCGGUCAUAUAGGGCUCAACACACCCUCUUCCUGUCCUCCAUAGCCGUGGUCCGAUCACACCCCUUCUAGAGGUCUCUUGUCUUCUCCGUCUUGGCACCCAAAUAUCUUUUUCUGGUAGCAACAGAGUGAGCUUCACACCUAUACGGCGACCUCCGUCGAGAUAUCCCGCCCGAGUCUCAACAUCGGCAGUGGAAAGACGUUACUUCAACCAUGGCAGUCAGGCCCCCAAGCCGGCACACGCCGCUGCAGUCAGCCCUCGCGGCCCUCACCCUCCUCCUCUCAGUAACCAGCACCGCAGCCACGGCACUUGGCAGCAGCAGCAGCAGCAAACGGGCCCUCUGUCUGGCCUCGCGCUCCGCCGAGCUGGCCGACCUCGCCGCGUGCGGCCACGCCGGCAGCAUCAGCUACUGCCUCUCGCACCCAGCCCAGAGCUGGCCCGCCGCCGGCGGCCUCGGCCAGGUCCUGGGGUACGGCGCGGUCGUCGAGGCGGCCGACAUACAGCGCUGCUUCGUCGACGCCGGCUGCACCCGCCGCGAGGCCGCCGUCGAGGCCGAGUGGGCCCUCCGCCGCUGCGACGAGCUCGGCGACAGCCCCAGCAUGGCCGACCUGCGCCGGCGCCACCACCACCACCACCAGAACCAUGGCCGGGAGGCGGCCGCGGCCGCGGCGGCCGCCACCCCUGCCCCGCGCAUACUCGACGCGCGCCAAACCCAGGGCGGCACGACGACGACGACGACGGCUGCUCCCCCCGCCGCCUCGGCAGCAACAACAGCAACCACAUCAUCCCCCCCGCAGACAGCAGUCUGCCGCACGACCCGCACCAUCUCCACGACGACGUGCCCGGUGCAGACGACGGGACCCGAGUCGGGCCGGCAGCUGCCGUGCUUCCCGACCGGCCUCGCCGUCGCCGAGUGCCUGCCGGGCUGGCGGUGCGGGUCCGACAGGCAGGGUAACCAGACGACGACGACGACGACGUGCGACCGCCUCGACGACCGCGUGCCCACGGCGGGCGUCGUCAUCGGCCUCGUCUUGGCCGUCGCCGCCGUCGCGGGCGCCGCCACAAUCUGCUUCUGCUGCUGCCGCGAGCGCCGCGAGCACCGCAGCGUCCGCAGGGCCGCAGAGGCCGCCGCCAUCGCCCGCGGCGCGUACCCUCCUGUUGGCGACGAGGCCGCUACUGCCGCCCCGGGAUCGGGUGACGGUGAGGGCGACAGGAAGCCGCUCGUGCUGCAGAGCCAGCAGCAGCAGUACGAUCCCUUUGCGGACUCGCAGGCUUACCAGCCGUACCAGCAGCAGCGUCAGUGA